CUCACAGUGCAGUAGAAGAAGUCUUUCAGCCAUUACCUUCUCUCUCUCGGUUAGGUCGUUGUCAUUAGUGGAGGACAGGUCACCAAACGCCACGCUAAAAUGUUGUCCGUAAGAGUUGCAGCUGCCCUGGCCCGCUCCCUGCCCAGACGGGCUGGAUAUGUGGCAAAGACUCUACCAGCCGCCUGCGUUGGGGUCAACCACCUCCACACAUGCAGACCAUGGCUGCAAAAGACCGGCACUGCCGAGGUGUCCUCCAUCCUGGAAGAGAAGAUCCUGGGCGCAGACACCAGCGCAGACCUGGAGGAGACUGGCCGCGUGCUGUCCAUCGGUGAUGGUAUUGCCAGAGUGUACGGGCUCAGGAACGUCCAGGCAGAAGAGAUGGUGGAAUUCUCCUCUGGACUCAAGGGUAUGUCUCUGAAUUUGGAGCCGGACAAUGUUGGUGUGGUGGUGUUCGGUAACGACAAGCUGAUCAAGGAGGGGGACAUUGUGAAGAGGACUGGUGCCAUCGUGGACGUACCUGUCGGUUUGGAGCUUCUGGGCCGCGUUGUGGACGCUCUGGGAAAUGCCAUCGACGGCAAGGGACCUCUGGGCUCCUCCAUCCGCAGGCGUGUGGGUCUUAAGGCCCCCGGUAUCAUCCCCCGUAUCUCUGUCAGGGAGCCCAUGCAGACUGGAAUCAAGGCUGUGGACAGCCUGGUGCCCAUUGGCCGUGGCCAGCGUGAGCUCAUCAUUGGGGACAGGCAGACCGGAAAAACCGCCAUUGCCGUUGACACCAUCAUCAACCAGAAGCGUUUCAACGACGGCACAGACGAGAAGAAGAAGCUGUACUGCAUCUACGUGGCCAUUGGCCAGAAGAGGUCCACCGUGGCCCAGCUGGUCAAGAGGCUCACAGACGCUGACGCCAUGAAGUACACCAUUGUGGUGUCCGCCACCGCCUCUGAUGCUGCCCCCCUGCAGUACCUGGCCCCCUACUCUGGCUGCUCCAUGGGAGAGUACUUCAGGGACAACGGCAAGCACGCCCUGAUCAUCUACGACGAUCUGUCCAAGCAGGCUGUGGCCUACCGUCAGAUGUCCCUGCUGCUGCGUCGUCCCCCCGGUCGUGAGGCCUACCCCGGUGACGUGUUCUACCUUCACUCCCGCCUGCUUGAAAGAGCCGCCAAGAUGAACGACAACUUCGGUGGCGGUUCCCUCACUGCCCUCCCCGUUAUCGAGACCCAGGCCGGCGACGUGUCCGCCUACAUUCCCACCAACGUCAUCUCCAUCACAGACGGACAGAUCUUCUUGGAGACAGAGUUGUUCUACAAGGGUAUCCGCCCCGCCAUCAACGUGGGUCUGUCUGUGUCCAGAGUAGGAUCUGCUGCCCAGACCAAGGCCAUGAAGCAGGUGGCGGGUACCAUGAAGCUGGAGCUGGCCCAGUACCGUGAGGUGGCUGCCUUCGCCCAGUUCGGCUCUGACCUGGACGCUACCACCCAGCAGCUCCUCAGCAGGGGCGUCAGGCUCACUGAGUUGCUCAAGCAGGGACAAUACUGCCCCAUGGCCAUUGAGGAGCAGGUGACGGUCAUCUACGCCGGUGUCAGAGGGCAUCUGGACAAGCUGGAUCCCAGCAAGAUCACACGGUUCGAGAAGGCCUUCCUGCAGCACAUUCUCAGCCAGCACCAGGAGCUUCUGGCCAGCAUCAGGAACGACGGCAUGAUCUCCGAAACAUCUGAUGCUACAUUGAAGAAGCUCGUAUUGACCUUCCUGGCCAGCUUUGAGUAAGAGGAACAUGGCACUUCCCUCCUGAUCUUCAGUGUGCGCUCUGUCCCAUUACACUUAUCUAUGUGCACCCCGAAGGCCAAAACCUCCAUGUACAGAUUUCUGAAAAGAAUAAAAUUUUACAAACCCCGGUUUGCUGUACAAUUCUUCUUGAGGGCUUAAACUAUUUGCAUUUCUUGGUUGGUGCCCAUCAGGAAUAAUUCUACAGUGGCUCCAAAUGAUGUUGGCUGUUUAAAAGCACUUGGUGUUCAUGAACUUCAUAUAGCAUUGACUGACCUAAUGCUUCAUUAUACCGGUUAUCUUAGAUUUGCUAGUGUUCCUGUUCCAUGUAAGGAAGCUGUAGGCUUGUUGAGCCGCACAUGUAAAUCUAGUUUGUUCAAUUUGGUUUGAAAGCGUUGAUGUUUGUUACGAAAGUUAAUAAACAUGGUGAAAAGCUAAAA